AUGUUAAAUACCAAAAAUAUAACUGGGUGGUCCCAACCGGGCACGCCCACCAUUACCAACGGCGGAAGCACGAGCAGCCCUGAACAACAACAACAACAACAACAACAAACUUACCUGUCUGAAUCUCAUCAACCACCGCCACCGCCACCGCCACCGCGCGAUGUCUUAAUUGUCGUUGGAGUCUUUGGCUUCCUCAUCAUCCUAAUAGUCUCGCUGAUCCCAGGAAACAUCCACUCCACUCCACAGCAGCAGCGAUUUCCGUCGACCAUCUUAUAUGUCACUCAAAAUGUCCACCCCAAAGAAGCCCUCGUGCUCUCUACAGCGAAGAAAUGCCUUCCGGAAAAGUCAAAAUCUCAGAAAACCCACAUCAACACCGAGAACCUUUCCGACAUAACCCAUGUCCUCUCUACUCCGUUUCCGUCCGUCUCCUUCGACUCCGACUCUGUCUCUGACACCGACACCGACUUCUAUUUCGACGACGGUUCAAUCUCCAUCGACGAGUCUUCACCCUGCUCCUCCUCCGUCCAUGUCCAAUUCGUUCCCACGGCUCCCAUGAUUCCGAUUCUGCACAGUCGUAAAUCCUUCGGCAACGACAGCAACAGAAACAGCCACCUUGACACGGAAACCGACACCGACACCGACACCGACAAUGACGAAAGGGAGGACGAGGGAGACGAAGAGGACCUCAUUGACUCCAUGUCCCCCAAACAGAACCUCAAGAUUUAA